GACUCAGGUAAUGGAUUGUAACUAACGUUUCUUUUUAAGCUGAUGGCCAUGUCGCAAAAGCUAUUUAAAAAAAAUAUUGUAGAGUGAAGUUUGAGUGAAAUGAAUUUGAAAUGAAUGAAUGUAUAUGUAGUCAAUCAAUCAAAGUGCAGUGCAGUACCUAUUGAUAAGUAAGCAAGUUUUCUAAAUUAUUCUGAAAAUAUAAUUGUUAUUACAAAAUGUAAUAUUGUAAGAGGACAUUUUAUGAGAGAUCUACUGUGAUAAAACGUCAUGCCCUCGAGUAGGAUUCGCCUAUUUUAAUCAACUUUUAUUCUCGCCUAUUGUUCAAGGAACUUUCGAAAAUGUCCUUUUUAAGAGGUUCCGAAAAUUAUGUGUGGUGUACAACCAGCGUCCUCGGGAAAGGCGCUACCGGCGCCGUGUUCCAGGGUGUCAAUAAGAAUAACGGGGAACCCGUCGCGGUGAAGACGUUCAAUCAGCUGAGUCAUAUGAGACCUCAUGAUGUGCAGAUGAGAGAGUUUGAAGUACUGAAGAAAGUGAAGCAUGAGAAUAUCGUGAAGCUGCUCGCUAUCGAAGAGGAGCAGGAGGGGCGCGGCAAGGUCAUAGUGAUGGAGCUAUGUACAGGGGGUAGUUUGUUUAACAUCCUUGAUGAUCCUGAAAACACAUAUGGUCUUCAAGAACAUGAGUUCUUAUUAGUACUUGAGCAUCUCACUGCAGGUAUGAAACAUUUACGGGACAACAACUUAGUGCACAGAGAUUUGAAGCCUGGCAACAUUAUGAAAUACAUUAAUGAAGAUGGAACUACCACAUACAAGCUGACAGACUUCGGUGCGGCGAGAGAGCUCCAGGAGGAGGAGCAGUUUGUAUCACUGUAUGGCACUGAGGAGUACCUGCACCCUGACAUGUAUGAGCGUGCAGUGCUCCGGAAACCAGUGGGAAAGAGCUUUGGUGCUACGGUGGACCUGUGGUCAAUAGGAGUCACCCUGUACCACGUGGCUACUGGACAACUGCCAUUUAGACCAUAUGGGGGCAGGAGAAACAAAGAAACUAUGUUUUAUAUCACAACAAAGAAAGCUUCAGGAGUUAUUUCUGGCACACAAACAACAGAAAAUGGUCCCAUAGAGUGGUCUCGGGAGCUGCCCUCCCACUGUCAGCUGAGUGUCGGGCUCCGUAAGCUGGUUACCCCCCUACUGGCUGGGCUGCUGGAGGUGGACCCACACCGUAUCUGGACUUUCGACCGGUUCUUUUCCGAGGUGCAGAUGGCCACUUCCACCAAGCCAGUUCACAUCUUCCAUGUCAAUAAAGCUGCUAGCAUUAAGGUGUUCCUGAAGCCGGAGGAAAAGUUCGAGCACUUACAGACGUACAUCUGCGAGCAGACGAGCGUCGUCGCUGAGUCGCAGAUACUGCUCUACAAGGAAAAACUACUGCUGUCGGAGAUCGAUGAGAACACACUCGGCAAGAGCUACCCGGACACGUCAGCGGAGGAGCCGCUGCUGCUGUUUAACAAGAACAACAACAACGUGAGCAUGGCGCCGGAGCCCGACGCGCCCAAGUUCCCCGUCUUCCCCAACAUCGUCUCCGUCGAGAACGACGCCACCCAGGCCAAGACGGCGUGCAGCGUGGGCCACGUGAUCAAGCGGCGCGUGGAGGCGCUGUGCGCCGCGUCCGUGCUGUGCGGCGCCUGCGUGCGGCGCUGGGGCGCGCUCGUCACGCUGCGGCUGCAGGCCGUGGCCGCCAGGGCCGACCAGCUGGCCACGCACAGCGCCAGGUUGCACGACGCCGCGCGUGCGUUGGACUUGGCCAACAGCGCUGCGCGAGCGCUGUCGGGGCUGGCGGGCGGCGGCGCGGAGGGCGCGGGCGGCGGGGCGGGCGGCGGGGCGGGCGCGGGGGGCGAGGCGUGGGCGGAGGGCGCGGCGCGCGUGGCGGGCGAGGCCACGUCGCUGCGCGCGGCGGCGGCGGCGCUGGCGGCGCGCCACGCGGCGGGCGCGGCGCUGAGGGCCGAGUGGGACGCGGCCGCGCGGCAGGCGCCCUGCCCCAGCGACCUGCGGCUGCACGUCAAGGCCAGGACGCUCGUCGAACGGCUGCGCGAGUCGUGGCAGCACCUGGUCCGCGACCGCGCCACGCGCUCGCUGACGUACAACGACGAGCAGUUCCACGUGCUGGAGCGCAUCACCGUGGCCGAGACCGGGCGCCGAGCGCGGGCCCUGCUGCAGCGGGCGGCGCCGCAGGCUCGCGCUAGGGCGGACGCCAUCGCGGACUGGUAUAAAGUGGCGCAGACGCUGUAUCUGCAAACCCAAAUCCUGGACAAGGAUGUGUCGAGCACGGAGCUCAAGCUGCUGGCCCUGGCCGCGCGGCUGCAGGACGCUGAACAUCGCACCAGGGCUGCGUUGAAUGAUGCGCAGGCGCAGUUAAACGCAUCAAAAUUAGCGAGCGAGCCAAUAGGCGAGAGAGGCAAGGAAGCGGGCCGGCGGGCGGCGGGGGCGGGCGCGGGGGUGGCGGGGGUGGGCGCUAUGGGCGCGGGCGUGCGCGCGCUGCUGGCGGCGCAGGGCGAGCUGGCGGCGGCCGCGGCCGGCAACUCGGCGCUGCUGGCGCGGCUCACGCGCGCCGCCAAGCAGCUGCCGCCCUAG